AAUGGUGGGCUAGGGGCAGGGGUCGUGGGCGGGACAGUGUUCUGGACCCCUUCUAGAGCCUAAAUUUGUUGCUCUAGUUCCUCCAGGAAGCCCUCCAGGUAGAUUCUGGGGGCCAGGAGCUGAGAUCCCUGGGCGGGAAGCAGGGGAAGGGAUGGGGGACUGAGGACCGCGAAGAAGAGAGAAGAAGGGGGUCUUGGGGGAGGGAGGAAAUGCAAGAGAGAGGAGGGAGGAGGAACAAGAGGAAAGAGAGAAGUGCGGCCAGCUUGCUUUCUCCAGUCGGGUGGCCGCGGGGACCUGGGCGACGUCGGAGGCCCUGCCCAGAACCCAGGCGGCAGCCCCCACCCUCGCGCUGCGACACGCCCCCCACCCCUUCCGGCUCACACCCCCGCCCACACUCCUGAGUGGUGCGGUGCAGCGGCGGCCAAGGCAGCAGAGCCGAGGAGAGCAGGUCCACACUCUGCAUCCCUGGACCAGGACUCACCAAGACACCCAUCCUGGAAAAGGUCCCCCAUAAGAUGGCAGCAAAAACUCCCAGCAGUGAGGAGGAGUCUGGGCUGCCCAAACUGCCCGUGCCCCCCCUGCGUCAGACCCUGGCCACGUACCUGCAGUGCAUGCGACACCUGGUGCCUGAGGAGAAGUUCAGGAAGAGCCAGGCCAUUGUGCAGCGGUUCGGGGCCCCUGGUGGCCUCGGUGAGACCCUGCAGCAGAAACUGUUGGAGCGGCAGGAGAAGACAGCCAACUGGGUGUCUGAGUACUGGCUGAAUGACAUGUAUCUCAACAACCGCCUGGCCCUGCCUGUCAACUCCAGCCCCGCCGUGAUCUUUGCUCGGCAGCACUUCCCUGGCACCGACGACCAGCUGAGGUUUGCAGCCAGCCUCAUCUCUGGUGUACUCAGCUACAAGGCCCUGCUGGACAGCCACUCCAUUCCCACUGACUACGCCAAAGGCCAGCUGUCAGGGCAGCCCCUUUGUAUGAAGCAAUACUAUGGGCUCUUCUCCUCCUACCGGCUCCCCGGCCAUACCCAGGACACGCUGGUGGCCCAGAACAGCAGCAUCAUGCCGGAGCCUGAGCACGUCAUCGUAGCCUGCUGCAAUCAGUUCUUUGUCUUGGAUGUUGUCAUUAAUUUCCGCCGUCUCAGUGAGGGGGAUCUGUUCACUCAGUUGAGAAAGAUAGUCAAAAUGGCUUCCAACGAGGACGAGCGCUUGCCUCCAAUUGGCCUGCUGACGUCUGACGGGAGGAGCGAGUGGGCCGAGGCCAGGACAGUCCUCGUGAAAGACUCCACCAACCGGGACUCGCUGGACAUGAUUGAGCGCUGCAUCUGCCUUGUGUGUCUGGAUGCGCCAGGAGGCGUGGAGCUCAGCGACACCCAAAGGGCACUCCAGCUCCUUCACGGAGGAGGGUACAGCAAGAACGGGGCCAAUCGCUGGUACGACAAGUCCUUGCAGUUUGUGGUGGGCCGAGACGGCACCUGUGGUGUGGUAUGCGAACACUCCCCAUUCGAUGGCAUCGUCCUGGUGCAGUGCACCGAGCAUCUGCUCAAGCACAUGACACAGAGCAGCAGGAAGUUGAUCCGAGCAGACUCUGUCAGCGAGCUCCCCGCCCCCCGGAGGCUGCGGUGGAAAUGCUCCCCGGAAAUUCAAGGCCACUUAGCCUCCUCGGCAGAAAACCUACAACGAAUAGUAAAGAACCUUGACUUCAUUGUCUAUAAGUUUGACAACUACGGGAAAACAUUCAUUAAGAAGCAGAAAUGCAGCCCCGAUGCCUUCAUCCAGGUGGCUCUCCAGCUGGCCUUCUACAGGCUCCACCGAAGACUGGUGCCCACCUACGAGAGUGCGUCCAUCCGCCGAUUCCAGGAGGGACGCGUGGACAACAUCAGAUCAGCCACUCCAGAGGCACUGGCUUUUGUGAGAGCCAUGACUGACCACAAGGCUGCUGUGCUGGCUUCUGAGAAGCUUCUGCUCCUGAAGGAUGCCAUCCGUGCCCAGACUGCGUACACAGUCAUGGCCAUAACAGGGAUGGCCAUUGACAACCACCUGCUGGCGCUACGGGAGCUGGCCCGAGCCGUGUGCAAGGAGAUGCCCGAGAUGUUCAUGGAUGAAACCUACCUGAUGAGCAACCGGUUUGUCCUCUCCACCAGCCAGGUGCCCACAACCAUGGAGAUGUUCUGCUGCUAUGGUCCUGUGGUCCCAAAUGGGUAUGGUGCCUGCUACAACCCCCAGCCAGAGACCAUCCUUUUCUGCAUCUCCAGCUUUCACAGCUGCAAAGAGACUUCUUCUAGCAAGUUUGCAAAAGCUGUGGAAGAAAGUCUCAUUGACAUGAGAGACCUCUGCAGUCUGCCGCCACCUGCCGAGAGCAAGCCAUUGGCAACAAAGGAAAAAGCCAUGAGGCCCAGCCAGGAACACCAACCUUGACUCCUGCCACUAGGUUUCACCUCCCAAACUCAGCCUCUAGAGCAGCCAGACCCUGC